AUGCUGGCACCGCGAACACCCAUCACCAUCCGAGGACACCGCAUUGAGCCCUCACCAUCGCACAAAUUCCUGGGGGUAAUCAUCGACCAAGAACUUCGCUUUAAGGAACACGCAGCCUACGCCCUAGCAAAGGGAACCAAGUAUGUCCAAGCCUGCGGGAGAAUGACAAGACCAGCGAAGGGAAUCGGGGGGAAAAUGAUGAAGAAGUUGUACGAGGGAGUGGUCAUCCCGAAAAGGCUAUAUGCAGCGGAUGUAUGGUGCGCCGGACUCAUC